GACUUGCACUUGCACUUGAACCUUCAGCGAGAUCAUGGAGUCCGGAAGAUGUAUGACGAUCGGUUGUCUGCUGAUGAUCUUGGGGGUGGCGAUCUCCCAGCCGUUGUCCUGGUGCGAUCCCGAACUGUGUCCUGAUAACACGGUGCACAUAGCCUGUAAUAAUGACGGGGAGUUCCAUGCGACCUGCUCGCCGGAUGCCACCAUGGUGGACCUGAAGCCCUAUCGCAAUUUGAUCGUGGAGGAGCACAACAAGCGGCGGAACUUCAUAGCCUCUGGCUCUCUGCCUGGAUAUUACCCGGCCACCCGCAUGGCCACCAUGGUGUGGGAUGAAGAGCUGGAAUAUCUGGCCACGUUGAACCUGAAAACCUGCUACCUGGAGCACGACGACUGCCACAACAGCUACCGCUUCCGGAAUCUGGGUCAGAACCUCUGCGGGGUGGACCGCCGGCGGAACUGGCCGCUGAACGUGACCAAUCUGGUGGAGCAGUCGAUGGGCCUGUGGUUCGGGGAACACAAGCUGAUCGACAGCAGUUACAUAGCCGACUUUAAGCUCACCAGGAAUCUCGAAAAGUAUGGACACUUUGUGGAGACCGUGCUGGACCGGAACACCCAUGUGGGCUGUGCCAUGAUGCGCUUCACCAAUCCCCAGUACCCCUUCCUCUACAUCUACAACACGGCCUGCAACUACGCCAGUGUCUAUGCCAUUGGAGUGCCGGUCUACAAUGCCGGAGAGCCCGCCUCCGAGUGCCGGACGGGCAGCAAUCCGAAGUACCCCGCCCUCUGCUCCAUCAGGGAGGAGUACAAUCCGAACCACAAUCUGUACUAGAAAAUGAACCAAAUGAUGAGUACCUAACCAAAAUACACUCUAGCUAAUGAAACAAUCAAAACACCUCGAUUUUUAUGACUUUUCCUCGACGAUUGCGCCCCCUGAUUGAUACGUCAAAAUUUGUUUAUCGUCGUUCCGGCUGCUAAAUUUGACUCGUUGCUAAUUGCCAAUUCAGCGGACACUCAUUUAUUAAUGUUAACGGAAACAAUCGAAAGCGGUUCUCGCACACUGGGAUCGAGCUGCGCAAAUUUGGGGGCAUUUUUACGCAUAAGAAAACUAAAUGCGCAUAAGAUAAACUAAAUACUAAUAAAUCGAAUAAUUUUUAGUAGGUAUAUGAAGCUAAUUAUUUUUAGCCGGAAUAUAUAUAAACAAAAUAAAAGCCGAAUAGUAAGCUUUUGAUUUGCCACCAAUAUGUUAAUUAGAAGACCCUAUUGGAAACUUUAUGGGAAAA